GCCGCGCGGGGAGGAGGGCCCUGUCCGGCCGCCUUCUGCUGCCCCCACCUCCGUGUGAGGGGACCGGGGCGACCGGGGCGGGGGCGGGGGAGGUGAUGAGCUUGGGCCGGGGGCUGCGGCGGCGGCGCGGCUGCUGCUGCUGCGGCGGCUGCUGCGGCGGGAGGCGACGGCGGGCCGUUGGAGGGUCUGUCCGGCCAGCCCGCGGCCAGGGGGAUGCGGCGGAGGACGUGUCUGGGUCUGGGUGUAGCUGAUCGGAGCAGAGAAGCAGCCGCCGACGGAAGAGGCCGAGGAGCAGCGGAGGAGAGCCACCCUGACAUGCCUUUUCCUCUCCCUCCUCUCCAGCGGCCAUGUUAACCAGAAAACCCUCAGCGAGCGCCGCCGCUGGUGCUGCCUACCCAGCCGGCAGGGCAGGGGACAGCGGUCGCCCGCUGCAGUCUUCCCCGGGUACCGGAGCCGGGGUCUCCCGGGCAGGAGCUGGGACCGGCCCACCGUCACCCCUCGCAUUGCCGCCGCUCAGGGCCAGCAACGCCUCCCACACGGUUGGAGGCAGUAAGCACACAAUGAAUGAGCACCUCCAUGUUGGUAGCCAUGGACAAAUCCAGGUUCAGCAGCUGUUUGAAGAUAACAGUAACAAGAGGACAGUUCUGACGACACAGCCAAAUGGACUUACAACGCUAGGAAAAUCUGGAUUGCCAGUGGUUCAGGACAGACAGACAGAGAGUGCUCACAGACGACAAGGGAGCUCCAGCUCUUUAAAAUCUACAGAUGGAACAGGGAAGGUGAAAGCCUCUGUUUUGACACCAGAGCAGGCAAUGAAGCAAUACAUGCAAAAAUUAACAGCUUUUGAGCAUCAUGAGAUUUUUAGCUACCCUGAAAUAUACUUUUUGGGUCCAAAUGCAAAGAAGCGGCAAGGUGUGAUUGGUGGUUCGAACAAUUGUGGGUAUGAUGAUGACCAAGGGUCUUACAUACAAGUACCCCAUGAUCAUAUUGCAUACAGGUAUGAAGUCCUGAAAGUCAUAGGGAAAGGAAGCUUUGGGCAGGUGGUGAAGGCCUACGAUCACAAGAUGCAUCAGCAUGUGGCACUAAAAAUGGUGAGAAAUGAAAAACGUUUCCACCGUCAAGCUGCGGAAGAAAUUAAGAUCCUGGAGCAUCUCCAGAAACAAGAUAAGGAUAACAACAUGAAUGUUAUUCACAUGUUGGAAAACUUCACGUUCCGCAGCCACAUCUGCAUGACGUUUGAAUUGCUGAGCAUGAACCUGUAUGAAUUAAUAAAGAAAAACAAGUUUCAGGGCUUUAGCCUGCCUUUGGUCCGCAAGUUUGCCCACUCAAUUUUACAGUGCUUGGAUGCUUUGCACAAGAACAGAAUCAUUCACUGUGACCUUAAACCGGAGAACAUUCUGUUGAAGCAACAGGGUAGAAGUGGUAUUAAAGUGAUUGAUUUUGGCUCAAGUUGUUAUGAGCAUCAGCGUGUCUACACUUACAUUCAGUCACGUUUUUACCGUGCACCUGAAGUCAUCCUUGGUGCUCGUUAUGGGAUGCCUAUAGAUAUGUGGAGCUUGGGCUGUAUUCUAGCAGAGCUGCUCACUGGUUAUCCACUUUUACCUGGAGAAGAUGAAGGAGACCAGCUAGCUUGUAUGAUUGAGCUAUUGGGCAUGCCUUCUCCAAAACUCUUAGAUGCAUCCAAGCGAGCCAAAAACUUUGUGAGCUCUAAGGGUUAUCCCCGCUAUUGCAGCAUCACAACCUUGUCUGAUGGCUCUGUAAUACUUAAUGGUGGACGCUCUCGGAGGGGAAAACUACGUGGCCCACCAGAGAGCAGAGAAUGGGGUAAUGCAUUAAAGGGAUGUGAUGAUCCCCUGUUCCUUGACUUCUUAAAACAAUGUUUAGAAUGGGAUCCUGCUAUCCGUAUGACACCCAGCCAGGCCUUGAGGCAUCCCUGGCUAAGGAGACGAUUGCCAAAACCUCCAACAGGGGAAAAGGCCUCGGUGAAGAAAACUGCAGAGAGCACUGGUGCUAUAACGUCGAUUUCCAAGUUACCUCCGACUUCAAGCUCAGCUUCAAAACUGAGGACUAAUUUGGCACAGAUGACAGAUGCCAAUGGGAAUAUCCAGCAGAGAACAGUGUUGCCAAAACUCGUUAGCUGAGUUUGAAAAACCCAAUGCUGUUAAUAUGAGAGAUACAAUGUGGCUGAGCCUUAUUUGUAUUAAAGAGUAGCUCAGAUAUACAUUUUUAUUUGCUCAAUGACUAUUCAUUUGUAUCUUUCCACACUCAUUUUAAAUGUAAGAAAUGUUGAUUUUGUUUUUAUAAAAACACGGGGACAAUGCUUUAAGUUUUUAUACUUAUUUUUUAAAAUGUUCGUCUUCUACAGUACAAUUAGCCUUACUGUAACUAGUGUGACACAGUAAUAAACAUCAGUGGCAGGCCACUGGUUACAACAUGACUGUCAUGCAUUGCAGUGUGGUGUCCAAGGUAUUAACCUUUAUCUUCCAUAGUUCAUGUUAGGUUUACCUGGGGUAAAUUUGUAAGACUCUACCUUUGGGAUUUUAUGGGUAUGGGUCUUGAUUCUACAAACACACCUAUGCCCGACUGGACUCCAGGGAGAAUACUCAAAGAAAAACAGUUAAGCAGCUGUAAACUUGUAUUUUGAAGUGGAGCCGUAGCACGUUCAUGAUAGAUUGCCAUUUUCUGUUGUGUAGCCCAGAGAAAGUAGUGGUACCACUAGUGAUACAGUCACCUCCUAUGGAACACUUUAUCCAAAAGUAAUGCUUUUUAUUUAAAUGAGCAUUUAAAUGUAAUGAAAAAAAAAAAAAAAGAAGAUAUUCCAGGGCUAAAAUUACUGUCUUACCUUGCGUCCUGUCUGGUACAGUGAGAGGAACAGGCGGUCUCAGAAGAGAGAAGGUGGAAGUGUAUCUGUUCUAAAUUUGAAAGUGACUGAUGAGAUGGUAAAGUAAGAUAUUCCGACCUUCAUUUCAGAUGUAUAACAUUGAGCAUUCACACUUGGCUUCUCUCUCUUUCUUCCUCCUGUUUACUUUUUCUAUCCUAAUGUACAGCUUGGUCUCCCUAAACCACACAGCCAGAAGUGCGCAUUCUGUCAGUUUUAUACUCCCAAAUUCCAGACUGUUAUGCUAUAUAGUUUUCAUAGAUUGCUUUUAUUUCUUAUGACAAAGUUUGUCUGAGCAACUGUGACCUCUCUGGUACAUUUACACUUCCGAUCAAAUCCUCAUGUAGGGCAAAUACCAUGUUACUACUUUGCUUUCUGUAGAAAAGUACUGCUGUACCUUAGCUUAACUGCAGAUGGAAAGUUCCUCAGUGGAAAGCUUUUCAGUUGGCAGACACCAUCCUAGAUACUUUCUAAUAUGGGAGAAAUAUCAAAGGAAGGUUAAAUGGUUGGAAUUUUAUUUUUAGUCUUUGGCAUUCACUGCUGAAAAUUACUUCGAAGGAACAGGUAGAGCAUGUAGAUUUAUUCCUGUGUGUGCGUGUGUUAAUGUUUAUUCUUUUCUGCUUUGAGCUGCAUUCAUGGAAGAAAAAUGGUCUUUACUGAGGAAUAAUAUCUAGACCUAUGAGAGAGAUUCACACAUUGUAGCAUGUUUUCAACAGAAACAGUUUGAGACCUAAGAUCAGUAUUUCAUCACAUACAGUGGCCAUGGUCUACAUUGGAUGUAUAAAACAUAUGAAAAGGGAACUUUAAACAAAGUAGAACAGAAUAUAGAAGGUUUAUGGAAGUUAGAAUAAGACAUAAUGGAAUGGAUUGCAUUAAACCUCAAUAACUUUACUGUAAGAAACAUUUGUAUGCACAGGUUUUACUGAGUUACUUGUACAAAUUAUGAAAAAUACUUAAAGCAUGGUCCCCUGAAAGGCCAAGAAAGUUUCCGGUUAAGUUCUUCAUAUUCUUUAAUUUACCACUUACAGCUUAAUUUUUGUUGUUUUUUGUUUGUUUGUUUGUUUGUUUGUUUUAUUUGUCUGAUUUAUUUUUAAUUUAAUGUAAGGCUGGGGGAGGGAUAUAAAUACAAAAUGACAAAAUUCUCAGGAAACAUAUCACUUAACUUUUUGCCAAAAAAGUCAACACCUAAAGAAGCUCCAAAAAUAAUUUCUGAGUGAGAAUGGUAUUUUUUGAUUGAUAAGUGUAAAAAUUAGAGCAUCAAUCAACCAUUUUUUAAAAAAAAAGAUAGUUUCCUGCCUCUAGUCAAGUUAAAUUAUUUAGUGUUAAAUGUUCAUAACUUUAUACAAUGUGUGUAAGUGCAAUAUGUAAACAUGUAUGAAAUCAUGUUAAAAAUGAAAUAUAGUAAUACAGCUAAGAAAAGUAGCUUUUGGAAUAUGAAUAUCCAGUAACUUAUGGUAAUUAAAUUCUAAGUCUUGAAAAAAGAUAUAUUAAUUUUCAUAUAAGAUUAACUUGACUCUCAUGACUGUGGGAAUACAAUACUGUCUGGUUUUCUACAGCAACUGGGAAUCUUUACUUCCUCCACAACCUACUUGACUUUACCACUCCUUUCUAUAUUAACUCUUCCUGCAGAAGUUAAAAAAUAGGGAUGCUUAUAUUAGGGGUGGAAGGAGAAUCACCUCUCCUACUGUGUUUUAAAGGAAACAUUGAUACAUGUUCCUGCCUUUCAUGACAAUUUAAGGUGAAAAUAUUCGUAAUGUUAAUGGGUCAUUAAUGGGCUAGAACCACUAAAUUUUCUUUUUCAUGUAACCAGUUCUUAAUGCCAAUAAUGCAUUUAUGAUCCACCUUCUUCAUAAAUGCUACCGGAAACUUUAAGGCCAAAAUGUAGUGUGCAGAGCUAUUUUUUUAACCCAGAUUCAGUGAAACUUCUAUGCUAAAGGAGCAGCUACAUCAAGGUUUCAAAGCGAUGUAGCUGCUUUUUAUUGUAGCUUAUUUAUACCUGUAAAAAAGGAGGGAGGGAAGGACGUUGCCUCUUGCUUUGAUGUGAUUUUAUUCUAAGGGCUCUGAUAAUUAGGCUGAUAGAAGUUGGCUUGGAAACAGUGCUUAGUCUCACAUGUUACCAUUGUCUGGGGAUGUCUGAGCUAUUUUCAAAUUUAGUAAUAGCACAGUGUUGUCUUGUCUUUGGUUGCAGUCUCACUUGGCUCAGUUUCUUGCACCACUGGAGUGUUCAUUACCACUUAAGUGUAUUGGAACAACGGAGUGAUGCAAGAUAUGUAGAUUAACAAUAGAGGAUGGAUUGUGCCCUUGGUGUUAACAAUGUGCCUUUUGUUACAAAUGCCAUGUUUUAGUAUGCAUCUUGGCCUCUUUAACCCUUUGAAUACUGGAUAGUAGGGAUGAAAUCUAUUUUUAAAUGCUAUACCUGUCUUAAAACAUCCUCUAGAUGAUCGAGGCCUUAAUAGAGACAAUAAGGCAUUCACACUGCUGGAGUGGAGAGGACACUGUUCCUGUAGUAUGUCUCAUUCAAGGGUUAAAGAUGGCCCUGCCUCAUUGGUUGUACUUUAACAUCAAAUUGAUUUUUUUUAAAAUAAAUUUUUGUUACAGUGACACUAGACAGAAAUUAACUGUAUUUGUAAAAAUUUACCUCAGACUCUUUAGUUUUAUAGUGUGAUUUAAUCCCAGGGCAUUUGGUAUGAACCAAAGUGCAUUCCUUUUAUAUGUGCCUGGCUCUUAGAAAGGUGGCCAGGGAUUUUUACAAUUUGGGUGCAAGGCACUUAAGCCACUUUUAACUUGGUGGGUGGUUUGGAGUUAUAAAUGACUUCAUGGGAAUGUUGAAAACACUAGACAUAAGUAGCAUCGGGCAAUAUUAGAAUCUUUAGGAAAGGGUAUGCAUUAUUUAAUGCUCUCCAUUUUUUAGUAUUUUCUUUUUCAUCAAUAAUAUUUGUGAUAAGUACAAAAAGAAGUCUUUUACCAGUCAACAAAGAUUAGAAUAUUGCCCAGUUCAAUGCUAUGGUAGCAUUAAAAAAAAUAACAUUUGUGAUUUAUUGUUUCCAGGGGCUUGUACAUCUCUGCUACAAAUUGUAAUUACUCAGUUCAACUGCUACAAUUACGUCUAAGCAGUAGCUUGGGUUUUUAUUGGGCAACGACUUAGACACGUGACUGUAAUAUGCUGCAACUGUGUGUAUUGAUAACAUGUGAAAAACGAUUGAAUGUGGACUGUGUAUAUAUGUAUGUAUAAUUUUCUGUGAGAUGCUGCUGUUGCCACUUAACAUUGAAGAUGUUGUAGUGGGUUUUAAUCCUAGUGGCCAGUUCUAUGAUACUGUAUGUAUUGUACAGCUGAUGACAGGAGUUAAGACUGUUCUAGUGAAUAUUUGUUACAUUUUAUUGUUGUGGCCAGAGAUCAUUUCAGAAUAAAAUUUUAUGUCCUACUUUA